CAGUACUGACACCUCACUGCCAAAAGACAAGGGAAAAAAAAGAGAGAGAGAAAAAAGAUCAACCCAGUAGCCCCACCACCAUUCAUAAAUACCCGUUUUCAAAGCAAAAGGGGAAUAAAACACACCGACAGCAGAUUGCUCUCAGCAUUGUUCCCUUUUGCAUGAUCCUCUUUGGGUAGCAGGGUUUCCUCUCCUUCCUCUUUCCCCUUUUUUUUCUUUCUUUUCCUUUUCUUUUUUUUUUCUCCAUCAUCCAGUAAAAGCAAGGCGGGGGAACGAGCAGGUCUGAUGCUUUGUCUCUUUUGUGCUGGCUGCUGGAGAUGAGCCUAGGCUUGACCUGAACAUGAUUCCAAGGACUGGCACUUCUUUUUUACCCCCUGUUUGUAGAGAUCCAGACCUUCUCUUCCUGAUUGUCAAGAAAAUUAAAUUAUUGCUGAAUUUGGGAAUCUAGGCAGCACCAGCAUACUUUUUCCUUGCAUCUCUGUGGAAUCGUUUCUGGGAUAUUUUCCAAAUCAUCACAGAAAGCAGGAGGAAUGAACCGGCAGCUAGUGAAAAUUUUGACAACCUUGUUUGCAUUUUUCUUAGAGACAAACCACUUCAGGACGACUUUCUGUAAAGAACAUGAUUCAAGAUCUGGAAAAUCCCCCUCACAGACCCUGUCUCCUUCAGAUUUUUUGGACAAAUUGAUGGGAAGGACAUCAGGGUAUGAUGCUAGAAUCAGACCAAAUUUUAAAGGUCCUCCAGUAAACGUUACUUGCAAUAUUUUUAUCAACAGUUUUGGAUCAGUCACAGAAACCACAAUGGACUACAGAGUGAACAUUUUUUUGAGACAGCAGUGGAAUGACUCACGUCUGGCUUACAGUGAAUAUCCUGAUGAUUCCCUGGAUCUGGAUCCCUCUAUGCUGGAUUCUAUUUGGAAGCCAGAUUUAUUCUUUGCCAAUGAGAAGGGUGCAAACUUCCAUGAUGUGACAACAGACAACAAGUUGCUGAGGAUUUCUAAGACUGGAAAAGUGUUGUACAGUAUCAGGCUGACUUUAACCUUAUCCUGUCCCAUGGACUUGAAGAAUUUUCCUAUGGAUGUACAGACAUGUACAAUGCAGCUAGAGAGCUUUGGCUAUACUAUGAAUGAUCUGAUAUUUGAGUGGCUAAGUGAUGGGCCUGUGCAAGUUGCAGAAGGUUUAACCUUGCCACAGUUUAUUCUGAAGGAAGAUAAAGAACUCGGUUAUUGCACAAAACAUUACAACACUGGAAAGUUUACAUGCAUUGAAGUCAAGUUUCAUUUGGAGCGUCAGAUGGGAUACUAUUUAAUCCAGAUGUACAUUCCUAGCCUGCUGAUUGUCAUUUUGUCCUGGGUUUCUUUCUGGAUCAACAUGGAUGCUGCUCCAGCUAGAGUCGCACUGGGUAUCACUACAGUUUUGACAAUGACCACUCAAAGUUCAGGAUCCAGAGCUUCCCUCCCAAAAGUCUCCUAUGUAAAAGCUAUUGACAUCUGGAUGGCUGUGUGCCUUCUCUUUGUCUUUGCUGCAUUACUGGAAUAUGCAGCAGUCAACUUUGUUUCACGACAGCACAAGGAGUUUCUGAGACUUCGAAGAAGGCAAAGAAGACAAAACAAGGCACAGACUGUGACUGUUGGGAAUGAAAGUGUCGAGUCGGUGCGGCGCAUGAAUGGCUUGCGGAGCAAAGAGUCAUCAGCUCACGGGACAGUGAAUCAGAUCGGCAGUUCAAGUUUGAGGGAAGAUGAAGUUGCUCGUGACAGCCGAUUCAAUUUCAGUGGCUAUGGAAUGGGUCACUGUCUCCAAGUCAAAGACGGCACAGCAGUCAAAGCCACUCCACCCAACCCACCUCUGGCACCACCAAAGGAUUCAGAGUCCAUCAAAAAGAAGUUUGUUGAUCGUGCAAAAAGGAUUGAUACAAUAUCCCGUGCUGCAUUCCCACUCGCCUUCCUCAUUUUCAACAUCUUUUACUGGAUUACAUACAAAAUUAUAAGGCAUGAGGACAUUCACAAGAAAUAGGCAACUCUGGUUUGCCAGGACUUGUUAGCCAAAGUGAUACACAUGUAAAUAAAAAGUGAAAUGUCUUUCUGUCAUUUGGACUAAAGGUUUCUUUUUUCCCCCCAGGACACUGAAGAGAAAAAGAACAAAAAGAAAAAAAUUAUAGAAAGAAAAGUGAUUGCAUGAAACAAUAUGCCAUCAAACCAGUCAAUAAGCGUUCACCAUAUGUACUUUCAGUGUUGUUCUUCCAGAUUCAGCAUUGAUCACACAUCUGUAAAUGGGGACAAAUUUUACCCAACUUUAUCACCAAAAUAUUAUCUUUAAAAACAAGAGAAUCAGAAAACAAACUAUCCUCCUAAAACAUCUACCAAGACACUCUGGUGGCUACAGUACAGUGAGUUAUAAGAGGACCAAACUUCUUCAGGAUAGUGUUGCCUUUCUAUUUGAAACAAGUCUACUGAGCUACAUUCCAUGACCAUGUCU